AUGGCUAUUGCAGAUUCCGAUUCGGAAGAAGAAGAAGUUCGGGAGAAAAUGGAGUCCGAUGUGAAGCAUAUGGCUCUCAAGGUUUCCGAUUACAGGAAAAGCCUAGCGGAUAAUCUGAAGAACACUUUCGAUUCUGCGAUUUCUUCUCGUAGACUCGAUUUAUUCAUCAUCGAUUCCGAAUCAGAAGAAGCUGUUGUGUUAAGAGCUGGAMCACAUUUAGGAACUGAAGACCAAGAGUCUCGACACAGAUAUGUUCAACUCAAGGAAGCAGUUUGCGCAAACGUCGCCACAAUGCCUCUAGUUGUAAAGAGAAUGCGAGUGUGUAAAGAGAGCAUAAAAAUUUCCAAUUCUUUGAAUGGAACUAUACACCCAGCUUUCACAAGGCGAAAAGGUAACUGA